AUGAUCAUUCGAAAUCUACUAUUUUUAUUACUUUUUCACGCGUUUAUCUUACAAAUACUAUCCGAGUUUUGUGCUGUCGAUCCGGGCAGUACUCCCCUUCCACCCGAUCCAGCUGAUGAAUGUACAAGCGAUAAUUGGGACCACUUACCUUCACUAAAAGAUCGAAACUUUACCAGUCAUUACUGUGAAGUUCUUUUUCUGCUUGAUCUAUCACCGGAUUAUGUAACGAAUGAAGAAUUUCGGAUGGCUCUUACACCAGCUCUCUCUUCAAUGGCGAGUCAAUGUCUGAAAGUUGGAGUCGGAUAUGCUGUUGUCGCUUAUCCAAUGUUUAACAGGACAGAAGAGACGCAAAAAGCUUGUUGCGAUGAGGAUACCUGUGAUAAACAAUUCAACUCGGUUGACCACAACUUAUGGGUUUCCCGUUUUGGUAACACCGAUAACAGCACAGAUUUCUGGAAAGAGACUGGCACUGCCAAUUUCAGCUAUGUUUUCACAGCUGAAUUGAAAGAGAUCAAGCCUUGCCUGUACAAUACGGUAAUUCUCAUCACAAAUCGUCUCUUCGAAUUUCACUCUGGAUUCUUAAAAGAUUUCCCGGUUGCUUUACCCAGCGCUUCAUGCAUUACAUUGACAGUGGUUUUGCUGGGAAGACCUGACAUAACAAAUGAGAGUUUCGAGAAACAUUACGAGAAUGUUACUACACAUCUCCUACAAGUCAACAAUAUAUCCUGCAUUUAUGAGAUAGCGCACUGUCUUCCUCCAUGUGGCAGUGUGGCGAUGCAAGAAUGUUACAACAAUGCAAAUUGGUCUUGUCCUUAUCCAACUUUUCCUCCAUCAACAUCAACAAGCACAACAACAACGACAACAACGACAACAACCCCAACACCUUCCACGCCUGUUCCAACAUCGGCUUAUUCUGAGGAUUUUCAACAUUUGAUUUACAUUUUUGCCCUCUCAAAUAACACGAAUGAGACUGAGUUUCAAAACGCGCGCUAUUUUGUGGAAACACCGUUGGAUGAUUGUUUGACUCGUUACAAUAUGGUUGUGCGCUUUUUGGCUGAGAAUGACACGGAUUCGGAUUGGAUGAGAGAUCCCAAUGAGCUGAGCGCAUUUUUUGGAAGACUGCAACACGAAACGAUCAUCAUUCCAGCUCAUGUGGUUCAAGAUGAGAAUGAAACGUAUACAUUGGAAAUGUUCAAUCAAGCCUAUUCGCUGCUCGUCAAUGAGGGAGCGAAAAAGGAAAGAGGACCAAAAGUGAUUCUGAUGACCGAUUUUGUUUCCAUGAAAUUCGUCUAUGUUCUUAAUCAUCCGAAUGAAUCGAUAGAAUACGCAUCAAUCAAAUGGUUACAGCAACAUGGAGUCAUUGAAGUCUACGCAUUCACAAAAGAAGUACAAACAGACUACGAAACGCUAACUCAAAUACCGACGAGAAAUCUCUUUUUGGAUGAUGAUUUCGAAAGAGAAAAAGGACCUGAAGAAGACAUUUGUCCACCACCAGACAAAGACGAAAAAGAUGAGAAAAAACCAGAUACGACUAUUUGGUUCAUUAUAAUCGGGGUUUCAUUUGGUUUAAUGGUGAUUCUUCUUGUUUGCACAGUGAUCUAUCGACAAAAGUUGAUGUGGAUGCAGAAAUUGUAUCUUUUCAAGAAUAAAGACGAUUCGGAGAACGAGUUCGCGAAAGGAGAAAGGCCGGAGAGGAGAAGAAGUGGAGAAGAAGACGAUCUUGAUGAUAUUGUCGAUUUCUGGGAAAUCACUUGGGAUCAUCUAAUUGUCAGCUCGGAGAAAUUGGGCAAUGGAGCCUACGGAUUGGUGUAUAAAGGCAAAAUGCUCGGUUCAUCACCCGGCUUGGAGCACUAUUAUCCGCACGAGAGUGGACCGUUUAGAGACUGUGACGUUGCGGUGAAAAUCAUCCACAAGCACGCUACGGAGAAAGAAUUGGAGAUGUUCUUGAAAGAAAUCGAUACGAUGAAAACCCUCGGUUUCAACGAGCAUUUGGUGAACAUGUUGGGAUGCAGUACACAGUCCGCAAAACGUUCGUGCCUCGUGUUGGAGUACUGCGCGAAUCGAGAUCUUAAACGAUAUAUUUUACGGAGGAGAACAGAAUUGGAUCAGAGUCGCUCAAUCGAUGAGCAAAUCGAUUGCACCAAAGAGUUUCUCCAUUUCGCGUGGCAAAUGACAAGCGGGAUGAAAUAUCUUGUUUCUCGCAAUAUGAUUCAUCGAGAUCUGGCCGCUCGGAAUAUCAUGAUCGAUAGCCUUAAAAAUGCAAAGAUCGGAGAUUUCGGCCUCUGUGUUAGCGCGAACGACAAAAUUAUGGAUGCAUCAGGAAAACUUCCUAUAAAAUGGCUAGCGAUCGAGUCCUUGGAGCAGAGGAAAUUCUCGAUGAAAAGCGAUGUGUGGUCUUUCGGAAUGGUUUUGUGGGAGAUGUACUCGAUGGGGGAAAUUCCCUUUUCUGAUAUUGAGCCCGAAGCACUUUUGAGUGCGCUCAAACAGGGGAAACGACCGAAGAGACCAUUGCUGGCGACGGAUAAAUUAGAGGAAGUGAUGAAUCGUUGUUGGGCAGAGUUACCCAAUGAUCGGCCAAGUUUCGACGAACUCUUGACAAUUUUCACGAUUCUUUUGGAACAAGCCACCGAGGGAUAUGGUUAUUUGCAAUUGAUGGCAAACGAGUUCUACCGUACACUGCCACAUAUACAAGUUGAGGAGCCGGAUAUCGAAGAGGAUUUGUCUGGCGGACGGGGCAGAAGUCGAACAGCUUCACUCAAAUCAGGCGGGAUGAAUAUCAUCGGGAAUAUGAGUAGCAUGUUGAGAGCCGCGGCUCAGGGCAUUGGGAGACAAUUCUCAAGUGGAAAAGGGGUUUACCCAACAAGCGAUCAUCCAAGAAUUGCGAAAAAGAGGAAAUCUGGUAUAGUGAAUGAAGCUACCACAGAAUUGUCAGAAGAGGGUCCACCCCGGCUACCAAUGCCAGUCGGAGAGUCAAGAAGGAAAUCGGGACCCGGCGAUUUUCUCACUUGGACAGGGCUGAAGAAAACUCGGAGGAAAUCCUUUGAUCCUGAGAUGGAAAAGAAUAUGCAAGGGGGUUCUCACUUCAACAUCCCUCGUCUUUUCCCAUCAAAGAAACCGUGGAAAGCUCGUCGAAAAUCUUCGCACAGUCUUCCCGGUGAUCUUUCUCCUAAAAUAGAAGUGAAUGAUCACGAAAAUAAUCAUUUCUUUGCCGAUCAACCAGUUGAAAUUGCGAGAAAUCAAAUGAAAAGACCCGCAACUCCUCCACCAAAUCGAACAGAUCAUAGCCUGGCUUUGCCUCGAUUAGAUAAUGCAGCAUCAGGAGAUUCUGAGAGUGAAAUGGCUUCUUUACCCAGUAGUCCAAAGGCUUCAUCAUGUGAUAAUUUGAGUGAAAAUGAAGUU